AUGACAACAGCUUUUAGCCUCUCAAAUUACUUCUUCAUCUCCUUCUUUCUUUCUAGUGCAUUGCUUCAUUUCAACCAAUGCUAUGCAAAGGAAAAAAAACCUUCUUCUUCUUCCUUGGUGUUAAGUUUAACUCGUACGAAAACCAGCCUUUCUAUACCUAAAUCUUCGUAUAAUUUAGUGAAAAAAACCUCGGAAACAUUGGACAUAAGGGAGCCAUUGAGAGAAGUGAGAGAUGGUUAUUUGAUAUCUUUGAAUAUAGGGACACCCCCACAAAUUAUACAAGUGUAUAUGGACACAGGAAGUGACCUUACUUGGGUACCUUGUGGGAACCUAUCAUUUGAUUGUAUAGAUUGUGAUGACUAUAAGAAUUACAAGGUAAUGUCAAGCUUUUCUCCUUCAUUUUCAUCUUCUUCCUAUAGGGAUUUAUGUGCUAGUCCCUCUUGUAUCGAUAUCCAUAGCUCCGAUAACCCUUUUGAUCAAUGCACUAUUGCUGGGUGCUCAUUGAAUAGCCUACUUAAGGGAACUUGCUCAAGGCCAUGUCCUUCUUUUGCAUACACAUAUGGUGAAGGUAUUGUAUCGGGAACCCUAACUAGGGAUACCCUCCGAGUCCAUGGGACCACUUCAAACCCUAAUUCCAUUAGGGAAGUCCCAAAGUUUGUCUUUGGAUGUGUUGGAACAACUUAUAGAGAGCCUAUUGGGAUUGUAGGAUUUGGAAAAGGUUCACUUUCUUUGCCUUCUCAAUUAGGGUUUCUUCAAAAGGGUUUUUCACAUUGCUUCUUGCCUUUUAAGUUUGCAAAUAACCCUAAUAUAUCUAGCCCUCUAGUUGUAGGGGACCAAGCCAUUUCCUCCAAAGAAAAUUUCCAAUUUACACCAAUGUUGAAAAGUCCUAUGUACCCUAAUUUCUAUUACAUUGGCCUAGAGGCUAUAACUGUUGGGAAUGGUGCCACUACACAAGCUCCCUUAACCUUGAGAGAAUUUGAUUCUUUAGGCAAUGGAGGAAUGUUGAUUGAUUCCGGAACCACUUACACUCACCUAACCGAACCGCUCUACUCCGAUCUCCUCACCGCCCUUCGAUCAUCCAUAAAUUACCCACGUGCUGAGGAAAUCGAGGCACGGACAGGGUUUGACCUAUGUUAUAGGCUCCCAUGCCCUAAUAACAACAUUAAUAGUCUAGUUACCGAUGAUUUCCCUUCAAUUACAUUCCAUUUCUUGAACAAUGUGAGCCUUGUUUUGCCUAAUGGGAACGAUUUCUAUGCCAUGGGUGCACCACGAAACUCAACAGUGGUGAAAUGCUUGUUGCUCCAAAGCAUGGAAGAUUCCAAAGAAGGGCCAGCUGGGAUUUUCGGAAACUUCCAACAACAAAACGUGGAAGUUGUGUAUGACUUGGAGAAAGAAAGGAUUGGGUUUCAAACUACUGAUUGUGCCUCAGCCGCAACUUCUCAAGACAUAAAUAAAUAUUAA